AUGCCGCACCGCCUGGAACUAAACGCGGGCGCGCCGUUGCUCGCGGAAGCCUUCAUCCGCCAAUGGGGGCCCGGGCGCAUUAUUGCGAGUGGGGUCACCCCGGCGCACCCUCCCCGAGGGCCGGCUAUUCACCACGAAAAGGCCGACGGUGCGUUGCCAACUGCCCUCAUGAACUCUCAGCCCGCCAACAUGGCAAAAAUGCCACGGAAAGGCAAAAUCCAUUUUCUUUCUUUUUUUGCUCCGCCCACGGCCCAAGAGCCACCAGCUAUGGCAACUCAAUUGCGGGGGAUGUGCCAAGCAAAAGCGUGGUAA